AUGAGAUCGCCGGUGGCGGAGGCAGGCCGAAUCGCCAAUGCGGUCCCGAAUGCGCCGCCGAACGGUAGACCGCCGCCGCCGGACGACGAGCGCCGGCAGAUGCCCUCGCGGCCUGCCGGCGAACGUCCGUCCGGCGAGAACGCGCGCCAUAAUGGACGUGUGGCUGUCUGGCGAAAACUCGCUCUCGAGAGCCGCGAGAGGGCGGCGCUCUCCAGCCUCGCCACCGGUGAGACCUACGACAUGGUCGUCAUCGGCGGCGGCCCGGGCGGCUACCCCACCGCCACCAAGGCGGGCCAACUUGGCAUGAAAGUCGCCUGCAUACAGAUGCGAGGACGGCUGGGAGGCACGUGCCUCAAUGUGGGGUGCAUCCCGUCCAAGGCGCUGCUGCACUCCUCGCACCUGUAUGAGGAGGCAGCGAAAGGGUGGGGUCCGCACGGCAUCUCCGCCGACAACGUCAAGAUGGACCUUGGCAAGCUGAUGAAGCACCCAAUCGGCAUCUUGGGCCGCGCUGCACGGCCGGCAGCGUCCGGGGUGAUGUUUGCGGUCAGAGCAGCCCGCCCUGUGAGAGCAGCCUCGGCCCGCGCCCUCCUCCUCGCGGCGAUCCUCGCGCGCGCCACCGGUCACGGCGCCGGCGUCUGGCGGGAUCCGCACCACUACCGCUCAGACUCGUCGCUCGCUGGCCUCCGCUUCGUCUCGGAGUCACCGCCGCACGAGCUGAACAUCGUCGGCACCGAUGACGGGACGAGCUGGUGGGCCCUCAAGGGCCGCUGCAGCGGUCUCGGCAUGCGCAACAUCACCAUCGACUUCAGUCCCAAAGGCGGCCCAUCGGACGCCACCGGCAGGUGGUCGCCCGGCGAGACCAUCACGUGGCCAGACGGCAACAUGUGGGCCUUGCUCGCGGCUCCCACGCGCGCGUUUCUCUUGGACGCCGCCGACGACCACACCGGCGUUUUCUUCGACCCGCACCACUUCAAGGUGGGCACCUUCCGGGGCAUGCGGUUUAUCGCCGAGGACCCGCCCCACGUCCUAAAGAUGGUUGGCUCCGACGACGGCACCUUUUGGUUCCUCGAGGGCUUCUGCACCGGACCAAAGAUGACGAGCAUCCACUUCGACUUCUCUCCAAAGGGCGGGCCGAAGGAGCUGGUCGGCAAGUGGGCGCCCUCGCCCGCGCGCACCAUCACCUGGCCGGACGGGAAUGUGUGGUCGAAUGUCGUCCCGGAGCUGCAGGCCUCCUUCGCCGUGCGCCACGGAGGCGGGACGGUGCCGUCGCGCGCCCACGUCGAGCCCUCGCCGACGCACGCGUCCGGCAGCCUCCCACUUAGCCUCCCGGUGCUCGUCGCCUCUGUCGCGAUGCUCGCCCUCGCCGCCGCCGUGCGCCGAGUGAUCGGCUCGAGCAGCCGCGGGGCUGCGGAGGCCCGCCAGACGCAGCUCGCCGAGUGCGAGAAUUUUGGGCCCCCGUAAAAACACAAAAAAAGGCG